AAUUAUAUUUAUUAGAACCCUAAACUCCACAUUCCAAAAACCCUACCCUACCUCUUAACUCUAAACCUUAAAUCUAAAUAAGUUAACCAUAGGGUUAUAAAUGUUUUUUUCCUCUGAGGGUAAAAGUGGUUUAGAUAAAAUUUAGUUAUGUCAAUUAAACCAUUUGUACAUUAUUUAAAAUAUAUGACUCACCUUUUUAAUCAUCUUUAACAAAUUAUAUCAAAUCAUACAUUUUGAAUAGUUAAAGUAUGACACUAAAUAUUAUGAUUGAACAAAAUUUGUAAUAUUUUCUUCUUAAAAGUAUAACCUUCAAGGUAGGAAAAAGUAUAAGAAAUAGUGAAUGUUUUAGUUGUUUAAAAGAAAAGAGAUACGAUUUAAAUGAAGUGAAUUUUUUUUUAAAAAUAUACAAUAAACUUCUUUUUAAAUGGUUUAAAAUUCUAAUUAACCAAAUAUUCUAAACUAUAUUAUUUCAAAAACAAUGAUUUUAAUUUUUUUGAUAAUAUACUUCUAUGAAAAUUAAGUGAAUUUCAUAUGAUUUUAUAAUAAAUAAAACAAAAAUAUAUUUUAUUUCUUAUUUUAUGACCAAAACGUUAAAUACGUAAAUUUAAAAUAAUUUUAAGAUAAUAAUAUUUUAUUAUGUCAUAUAUUUACGAUAGCUAAUUAAUGAUAGUCAAAAUUACAAUGGAUAAGUUUGAACAGUGAUUUCAAUAUCUACAACUAAUUUUCAAUAAAUAAUUACCGAACGGUUACAGAGUUGAACCGUAUUAAAAAAUAAUUAAUGUAUUUAAAAGUCAAUUUAGGAAAAGGUGAAAUGGACUAUGGCUUAUAUAUUGCAAGACUCACUUCUAAUUAUUAAAGAGCAGAGCAACAGAGAAAGAGAGAGAUAGGAUUGUUUGAGCAAACCGUGAGAAGAUGUCUUCAUCGUACAACAACACAAUUUCAUCAUCCUCCACUCAGGCUUUCCCCCUCUUAGCCAUCGGAACAAACAACUUUAACCGUGAAGAGACGGCGGUGACAAUGAAUCAACGGCCCAACUCCGUUUCUCCACCACCCAGGAGACUAAGAAACAAACCAGGAAACCCAAGUCCAGAUGCUGAAGUGAUAGCCUUGUCUCCAGAGGAGAUAAUGGUGACGAACAGGUUCCAAUGUGAAGUAUGCAAAAAAGGAUUUCAAAGAGAACAGAAUCUCCGGCUUCACAGGAGAGGACACAACCUUCCAUUUAACCUGAAACAAAAGUCUGACGAAGAAGUAAGGAGGAAGGUGUAUGUUUGUCCGGAGCCCACGUGCGUCUACCAUGAUCCGUCACGUGCUCUCGGAGACCUCACAGGAAUCAAGAAGCAUUAUUACCGGAAGCACGGUGAGAAGAAGUUUAAAUGCGAGAAAUGCGAUAAGUGUUACGCUGUUGAAUCUGAUUGCAAAGCCCACUCUAAGAUUUGUGGUACCAAAGAGUAUCGAUGUGUUUGUGAUACCAAAUUCUCUAGAAGAGACAGUUACGACACGCAUAGGGCAUUCUGUGAUGCGUUAGCACAAGAGUCAGCAGGAAACCCUAACUUGAGCUUCACGGAAAUGCUAGCAGCCGCUGGUGGAAAUGAUGGCAGUAGCAGACAUGGCUUUUACGACGGUGCUUCUUCUGCCGUCUCUCACAACCAUUUUGGUAACAACUCAAACACUGGUUUUGCCCCUCUAGCUCCAGGUCACAAUCUGAACCGUUCAUCGUCCCAAAAGUUUGAAGACAUUUUUCCUCAGACCACAAACCCUAACCAUGUUCCUACUAAUUUCCCCAUGCAAUACCCUUCGAACCAAGGACUGUUGGCACGGAACGACCAGAAUCUCAUGAACCAGCACGGUCUGAUCAACAGCAACAACAACAAUAACAACUUGUUCAAUCCCGGAUACUUUCAAGCCAACACUCAGAACCUCUCUGAUCAGACAGGUGCUCCUCCUCUUUUCAACCAUGCUGACAACAACGUUCCUCCUGCUCUGCUUAGAGGGUCAAGUGUGGCCGCUAAUAACUUUGGAGGCAAUGGUAAUGUAAACUUUCAAGGUCAAAUGAACUCUCUAGCUGCGACAAGUGAUCAUCAAGGCAGGCCCGGUAGCAGCAUUUUCGACCAUCGUUUCGGAAACAAUCUAAGCAUGGGAGGCCCUGAUAGGCGGACUUUGGACUUUCUUGGCGUUAAUGGUCGUGGUGGCCAUAAUGAACCUCCUUUGGACCUUGACAUCAACUUUUCAGAUCCAAAUAAUCCAUUCGGAAAUGUUUGAGAGGAUCGUACACCUCCUAUGUUCUUGAUGGGUUCCUUGGAGAUUUUAUUUUAAGCCUAUUUAACUAUAUAUAAGUUAAAAAAAAAUCUAUAAGUAAAUAAAAAAAACUAUAUAUAAGUAUUUCUUUAAGUUGUUAUUAAUGAUGUAAUGGGAAUCUCGAACCAGAAUUCAUUAAUUAUAUAUUUUUAUUGGAAAGUAACUAUAUUAAUUGGUUUUCUUAAGAUAUAAAUUUUAAUAUAAUUUUAUGACUGCAAUAUCCCCUAAUAUAUUAAAAGGAGAAAUUUUUUUAAUAAGUAACCUUAAAUCUUAAAUGUGUAAAAUAUUCACAAAAUGGUGUUAUGCUGAUUUGUCAAUAUAUGAGGGCUUCUCACAUCUUCAAUUUAAAAGACGCUUCUCUUACUAAAGUAUUUGCAUAAUAUGCCAUUGUACAUCAUUAAAAUAAUAUCCUUUAUUAUAAGCAUUGUUAACAUAUAAUAUAAAGGUUAAGUUAUAAUCGUAUAGCUGUUAUAAACACGUUGUUGUAAAAAAAAACUGUUAUAAACACGUUACUAAAAAAAUAUUAUUGCUGGCUCACGUAAAUCCUUACUAAUAAAAAGGACUUUUUGAGGCUCCAUAGAGUAUCCACAUCAGAGAAAAAAAUUCUUCCGAAAUAUGACACGUGGCAUUAUUAUUUAAAAAAUAGAAAAUAAAUAAUAAGUAAAUUUGCAAUAUAAGAAAAAAUAAAUUAUUACUAAUAAAAG